AUAAAGAGUAUAAGUGGGCGUCUUAAAUCCUUAAUUUAGUGUCUGCGUUGUGCGUAAAACUGUUGAUAGGCCACGAUGGAGGCACGCGGGACGAUGUGAGGUGUCUGGAUGAGGCGCAGACGUCGCACUGAGUUUGCAGUGCUGAUGUCCUGUCACACUGAUGGGGGCCGACGGCAGUAAAAACAGGAAGAGGCCCGCUGAAGGCCAGGAGGAUGAGGACUUCUCAUCUGGAUGGCGUGGCUUCCUCUCCAGCAUGGGUCUGUCCAUCCCUGCAAGCCUCUGUCGCCUGGCCCCACCUGCCCUGCGUCUGGGCCAGCGCCGGAUGCUCCAAGGCAAGGCCCCUGACAUCCCAGAGCACGUCCUGAGGUUGGCGGGAGUCGGCCCGGGAAAGCUGAGAGCGGAGUGGAGCCUGCCGGGGUUCAUUACCAUGUUCCUGCCCGAAUUCCCCCACAGAGCUGUGCCUGGGCACGAACAUUUUCAGGUGUUGAGUUACAUCGCCAAAGGUUCGUUUGGACCCAUUCUAAAAGUGAAGGAUAAGAGCAAACAGAAAACAUACGCCGUCAAAGUCAUACCUAAAUCAGAGAUUCUGAGACUGGGGGUGUUGGAGCAGUCAAAAGAAGAAGUUAUUGUCCAGCGUCAGGUUCACCACCCAUUUGUCCAUGACCUCCAGGACUGCUGGCAGACUCAGCGCCACCUCUACAUUAUGUGUGACUACUGCAGCACUGGAGACCUGUACACCUACUGGCAGAUGAUUGGUCAGUUUACAGAGGACACAGUGCGAGUGUUUGCGGCAGAGUUGGGAUGUGCGCUCGGCUUUCUGCACGACUUUGGGAUCAUCCACAGAGACGUGAAGAUGGAGAACAUCCUGCUGACAGACAAUGGACACCUCCGCUUAGCUGACUUUGGUUUGUCCCGCCGCCUGGAGAGAGGAGGACGAGCUUUUACCAUCUGUGGAACCAUCCAAUAUAUGGCCCCAGAGGUGCUGAGUGGCGGACCCUACAAUCACGCAGCUGAUUGGUGGUCACUGGGAAUUCUGCUCUUCUCAUUGGUUACUGGGAAGUUCCCCAUGCCUCCAGAACAAGACCACUGCAGUAUGCUGAGGAAAGUGAGGAGUUUCCCCUACGAAAUGCCCCUCAGCCUCACCUCCCCACUGGCCUUGCUAAUAACGGAGCUUUUGUGUAAGACUCCCUCCCGUCGCCUGAGGACCCUGGAUCGUUUCAAACGUCAAACCUUCUUCCGUGGAACAACUUUUGACCUCGCCCUCCUGCAACGCCAGCCUGUGGAGGUGAUUCUGGAGCUGAGAGAGAGACCAGACCGAGCUGCCAAAGCUCGACGAGGCCUCACUUUGUCUCUGCAGCCUCUCAAAGGCUUCGACUAUGACUCGUUCCUCAGCCCUCCAGCCACGCCGGACACACAGCUGGAAGCCGGCACACAAACCUACACAGCUGCACCGCUCCCUGGCCCGGCUCUCCAACUGCAGCCUUCUCAGGGAAAAGGCCCACGCAGAGAAGUGUUUGUGUGACAGACUUUGUGUUUACAGUAUGGAUACUAACACACUAAA